GGUUGCGUGGACUUUUGGAGCACUGGACAGUCUGCAGGAUAUUUGGAAAGAGGUUGUUAAUCAGUGCAUGUGUUGAGGCGACCGCUCUUGCAAUCUUUUUUGCUUAUACGAAUUUUAGUGUCUUUUUUGCACGUGUCUCCGUGCUUCGUUAAAAAUGGCAAACUGCACAGUCUUAUCAAAUACCAGUGACCAAUGGACUCUCAUUGGUGAUCCGUUCCCUCCUUACGACUAUAUCUUAUGCCUCCUCAUCGUAAUUGGCAUCGUAGGCAAUUCUCUCGUCAUCUUCAUCAAGAUUCGCCACGGAGGAUCGCGCAGUGGCGGCGGUGUGACGGAGACCAACCGCCUCGUCAUCGGUCUAGCCACGGCGGACCUUCUGACCGCAGUAUUUCUGAUACCGGUACCGGAGUACGUGAACGUACCACGUAACGCCGCGGGAGAGUUCUAUUGUCGCGUUCUCGAGUCGAAGGUUUUGGCGUGGAUCUGUUUCAUUGCGUCGGUGUAUACUCUCACCACGAUAUCUGUAGAACGUUUUCUCGCCGUGGUCUACCCGUACUACUACAGGGUAUGGGUUAAGAAACAUCAUGUCAAGUACUCAUUUCUUGCCAUAUGGAUCUCUGCGUUUGUCAUCAACAUUUACAGCAUCGCUUUUCAUACCAUUGACGAAUGCGGCAGAUGCGAUUCAAUAUACCCAUCGACCCGCUCUAGACGAGUCAACGGCGUUUUCAUUUUCCUAAUCGAGUUUUUAGGUCCCUUGUUCAUCAUGACUUACACAAGUAUCAGGGCUAUGUGUGUUCUUCGAAGAAGUGCUGUAAAGGACGCGGAUGAAAGUUCUAGAUCCAUUAGAAGGCAGUCGACACAGCUUGAGAUGCUACGGCGCCGUUAUACCAAGAUGUUCAUCUUCAUCUUCGCGUCUUUUAUGAUCCUCUGGACUCCUGAUCAGCUGGCGUUCUUGCUCUACAACUUGGGCGUCCUGAGUGACCAAUUCACCGGUACCAAAGCUUACAAGUUCGUCAUCAACCUUGCCUUCUUGAAUGCGGCCACGGCCAACCCCAUCGUGUACUCGCUUUGCUUGCCUUCUUUUCGCCAGGCUGUUAAAGAUCUUCUAAUGUGUAGAGGCAUGCAGAGAUCAGCAGAUCCGUUGACGGAUCUAUCAUUCAGUACAGAAAGGCGACCUACCACUGCAACUGGUCCGACAUCGAAAUCCAAGGAAUGAUGUGUCAAACGCAGACAUAUUAUUUUCACAGCACUUCCCAAUAUAUUUGACGUCGUAGAGGCAGUGGCGGAUCCA